CCUUCUCCCCCGCCCCCUUCAGUUCACAAGCUCCUUACCAACCAAACUCUACUUCAAACUCAAAGCCCCUUUGGGAGGGAAAGAAGGAGAGCUCACAUAGAGAAAUGUUGAACUUAAAGAGAGAGAGUGGCGGCAGUAGCGGCGACAAUACUUGGGCCCGCGCUUGCGACACGUGCCGCUCCGCCGCCUGCACGGUUUACUGCAGGGCUGACACUGCCUACCUUUGCACCGGCUGCGACUCCCAAAUCCAUGCUGCCAACCGGGUGGCAUCGAGGCACGAGCGCGUGUGGGUUUGCCAAGCAUGUGAACGCGCCCCGGCAGCUUUCCUCUGCAAGGCCGAUGCCGCAUCCCUGUGCGCUGCCUGCGACUCCGACAUCCACUCGGCCAACCCCCUCGCACGCCGUCACCAACGGGUUCCCAUUCUCCCCAUCCCUCCUGGUGCCCACUGUGACCCCGACGGGUCACGCUAUGGCCCUGCAGGAGGCCACGGGAACGGGCUGUUCUUGGGCCAGGAUGGGGAUGAAACCGUUGAUGAGGAGGAGGAGGACGAGGAUGAGGCAGCCUCUUGGUUGUUACUCAAUCCUGUGAAGCACAACAACAGCAGCAAUAGCAACAACAACAGCAUCAACAAUACCAACCAGAACAAUGGCUUCGUGUUCGGUGGAGAAGCGGACGAUUACCUGGAUCUCGUGGAGUACAACUCAUGCACCGAGAAUCAGUACUCCUCCGGUCCCUACAAUCAGCAGCAUUAUGGCUUCCCGAGAAAGAACUACGCAGGCGACAGCAUUGUGCCGGUACAGUGCCGAGAGUCUAAAGAUCCCUUGCAGCAUCAUCAGAAUCAACAACAGAAUUUCCACUUGGGUUUGGAUUAUGAGCCUUCAAAAGCAGCCAGCAGCUACAACGGGUCACUCUGCCACAGUGUUUCUGUUUCAUCUAUGGACGUUGGGAUUGUACCAGAAUCAACUACGAGUGACAUCUCAAUUUCGCAUUCAACUUCAACAGCACCGAAAGGGACGAUCGACCUCUUCUCCGGGCCCCCGGUUCAGAUGCCCACCCAACUUUCACCACUGGACAGGGAGGCUAGAGUCCUGAGGUACAGAGAGAAGAAGAAAAUGAGGAAAUUCGAGAAGACAAUCAGGUAUGCCUCGAGGAAAGCAUACGCGGAAACAAGGCCUCGAAUCAAGGGGAGGUUUGCAAAGAGAACCAGCGUCGAGAUAGAAGUGGACCAAAUGUUCUCCACGACAAUAAUGACCGAAAAUGGUUAUGGGAUCGUCCCAUCAUUCUAAGUUUCAGUGCAAGAUGGGAAAAAAGAGAUCAGAGAAGAUAUAGAAGUGCCCUUCAGAUGAGAGAGCAUUCGAUAGUUUAUUUCUCCAAGAAUUUAGUUACCAAUCCAAUAUUGUAUUUCAUGAUCUAAUCAGUCCGAUAUAAGUACAACAAUAUACGUUGUAAUCCUCUUAAUUCACCUGGUUUAGGCUUUUGUGCUUAUCGCUUGCUGUAAAUGAACGUCUUUUAUAUAUUCAGAAUGUGCUCGAUAUAGCAGUUUGUUGGA